AUGUCAACCAGCGACUCUGUCCCUAACGACUCACCAGUGGUGAACGGUGACGUAGAUGUCAACGCACCACCGGCGGCGGUUGAUAGCCUAGACGCCGAGAGUGUUGCUGUGGAAGCGCUGAUGAAGAGCGUAGCUGAAAACACCAGCAACGCUGCAGCUGCAACCGAAACCACCACCAAAAAUCCCGUUGGGAAGGCCGCGUCCGCCAGCAGCGAGACCUAUGUUCCACGAGACCAGCACAAACUAGUCAAGAGGCCACCGGGAGGCGGCUCAUCCAGUAGGUCAAAAAGCGCCUGUCCUCAACACCGUUCAGUUUUCUUCGGAUGA